AUGUCAACCCCCUACCAGCUAGCGUUCACCCUCCACGGCCACGCAGCAGACGUGAGAAACCUAUGUGCACCCUCUCCCGAUAUACCCUUACUGCUCUCAGCUUCGAGAGACGGCUCAGCGAUCGUCUGGGGUCCAUCGAGCAAAUCGAAGGAAUGGGAUGUCAAGUUGAGAGUGGAAGGACCUGAGAAGAGGUUCGUCAGUUGUGUAGGUAUGACACGAUGGAAUGGCCAAGCAUACCUCUUACUAGGCUCACAGUCUGGUAUCCUCUCUUCAUACAUCUUACCUUCCCCCAAUACUGAUCCUCCAUCUAUCGACUCACCGCUAGAAGAACCUCAGCAUACGUUGGUGGAGCAUCGUCAGAAUUUGUGCUGUCUAGAUACGAGUAAAGCUGGUUUGAUAGCUACGGGAAGUUGGGAUAAAUCAGUAAUCGUAUGGAAAGAUUUCAAGAGAGCUUUGACUAUUCAAUCUCACGAUCAAGCUAUCUGGGCAGUCAAAUUUGUAGGCGAAGAUAGGCUAUUAACAGCUUCUGCCGAUAAGAAGAUCAUUCUACAUUCCCUCGAUAUAGCUUCAGGCAGAUCAACACCUCUACAAACCUACACUGGGCAUAGCGAACCCGUAAGAGGUCUGAGUUUGAAGCCGGAUGGAACAGGAUUCUGGUCAUGCGCGAAUGAUGGGAACAUCAACAUAUACUCAUUCGAUCAGCCGUCACCUAAGAAAACGUUAUCAGGUCAUACUUCCUUCGUUUACUCGAUUAGUGCUUUCCCGGAUGGUUCAGGUGCCAUAAGUUCAGGCGAAGAUGGGACACUACGUGUAUGGUCUGAAACCGAGCUGCUUCAGACUAUCCCUCAUACCUCAAAUUCCCUUUGGUCCUCCGCCAUCGUCUUUUCAGGGCUAUCAUCACCAUACAUCGCUUCAUCAUCUUCCGACUCUACUAUACGGUUCUUCACCAAGGAAGAACGUCUGAAGGCUAGUGCGGAAGAAAGAGCAGAAUGGGAUAAGGAAGUCAGCGGGAGACAGCUGGAUAAAUCGCAGGUUGGCGAUGUCAAGCAAUCUGAUUUGCCGGGUAUCGAGGCUCUCGGACGAGAAGGUAAGAAAGAUGGACAAGUAAUUAUGAUUAAAAAUAAUGGAGUAGUGGAGGCAUACCAAUGGUCACAACCUGCAUCAACAUGGCAGCAGAUUGGACAAGUGGUCGAUGCGAUUGGACAAGGUCGAAAGCAGCUAUACGAAGGGCAAGAGUACGAUUAUGUAUUUGAUGUGGACGUCAGUGAAGGAAUGCCUCCUCUGAAAUUACCAUAUAACGUAGCGGAGAACCCUUGGAUAGCCGCUCAACGGUUCUUAAACAAACAUGAACUCCCUGCGACCUAUUGCGAACAGGUCGUAGAGUUCAUCCAGAAGAAUACAGCUGGUGUGACCCUAGGUCAAGGUGGUGGAGGUGGGAAUGAUUAUGUUGAUCCGUUCACUGGAGGAUCGAGGUACACUGGUGCGGCUUCGUCGAAUGCUGGCCCGAGCUACGGGGGUGGAGAUCCGUUCACGGGCUCCGGAGCAUACUCUUCAUCCCCUGCACCCCCCUCUCAACCUCAGCGAUCGAACGGUAUCUUACCAGUCAAAACGUACCUCUCAUUCAAGCAGAUGAAUAUCAAUGCUGCUAAAGCCAAGAUCGUUCAAUUGAACGACGAGAUCAAAUCGUCCAAUCCCGAUCUGGCCAUAACAGAUAGCGAAGAAAAAACCCUGAACGAGAUAUACGCUUUACUCUCUUCACCUGCUGUUUCUUUGCCUAGUCCAGAGACUAGAGAUUCGAAAGAACGAUAUGACUCAGAGGUAUUUUUGGGUUUGUUGAGUAAAUGGCCCGAGGAUAAGAGGUUCCCUCUAAUCGAUCUAUCAAGGUGCUUAGCAGCCCUUUCUCCCCACUUCGGCAAAACCACUUCUGCUCCGAAAGCUCUCAUUCAAGCUUGUGGAUUGGAUGCACCUUGGUCACCUGGUAAACCCAGAGAGACAAAUACAUUACUUUCCCUCAGAGGUCUAGCGAAUUUGUUUGUCACUGCAAAUGGUCGACAGACGAUUUCUCGGCCUGAUACUGUCGAAAGUAUAUUGAGUGUCCUGAGGGGUGUCGAAUGGAGUAAUUGGGGGACUAGGAAGGUCGUAGUCGCUACUAUAGCAUUGAAUUACUCGAUAUUAGCUGUCAAUAAUACGUUCCCUUCUCAACUAGCUGAAAAGCUGUUGGAUCUAAUCAUUCAUAUUUUAUCAAAUGAAAAAGAAGACUUGGAAACCAUCUAUAGAGCUUCAGUAGCAUUAGGCAAUCUCCUCGUCUCUCCCUUGUCUGGUUCUCUCAAAGUUGGAGAGAUCACCAAUUGCAAAUCGAUAAUUACGAGAUUGGCAAGUGAGAAGGGUGAAAAGAGACUGAAAGAUCUAUCAAAGGAGAUUGAAGGGUUGGGAGUUUAA